GACGACACGUUCCAAGUCAUCAAGAUGCUGCAGGGCCUCUCGGCCGCCUCCUCCUCCUCGUCCUCGUCCUCAAAAUCGAGCCUCGUGAACUCGACCGUCGUCUAGACACGGACAGCAUUCAUCCUUGUACAGAUGCCGACAAAGGUAGUAGGGUCAAAAGCGGGACCUCCCAAUUUCUCCAUUUUCAUGUCAAUCAAUUUGCUAAAAUAAGCAGCUUCCAGAAAAAGAAAUCAAUGGAGGCGACGGGGAAAGCGAAAUCCACGGUCAUCGACAGCAUCAUGCCGCCGCGGCUGGAAGACGCCGGCCUCGAGGACUGCGCGCUGCCGCCGGAAUCCAUUAGAGAGGCGUUUCUCAAGGCAGCCUCAGCCGUCAGAUCUAUCGUUUCGACCUCCGGCGACGAAGGCGGAUGCGUGGAAGAUCCAUGGGAAGAGUCCUCCGACGCCCUCGUCGGGAUAGCCGACGGCCUCGACGCGCCCUCCGAGGGGUGCGUCGUGGAGAAAGGCGGCGGAUCGACGGAGGCGGCGGGAGAUAGAGUGGCGGUCGGCGGCGAUGCGGAGGCGAAGGGGGAUGUGGUGGUGGCGCCCGGUGUGCCGGGUGGAGGGGAGGAGGCCUGCGUUGAUGGAUUGCAAGGGCUGGAAAUUGGGGAGAAGGGCAGGGGUAUUUUGGGGAAGAAAGAUGACGUGGCAGAUGAGGAGGAGGAGAAGGUUGCUGGUGGAGAUGAACUAAUCUUAGCUCAAGCCUCUGCUUGAAAAUUCAACCACUUUGCCUAGUUUUGUUGCUUUUUGUAAAUUUUGUAGUAUUUAGACUCUUAAUUAAUCGUUGUUUUAACUCUGA